CUUUUUUGACUCAUGUUGUGUUGUCAGACAGACACAGAGGAGAAAACGUGGACGUUGUGCUUAACCUACUUUACCUCUACUAAACCGGUUGACAGCUGCUUGGCGUUAGUUAGCUCGUUAACAGUUACUGGAAAAGACAUAAGCGAAAAAUGACGGAACAGUCGUCGUUGUUACUACGUAAACAAUUAGCAGAGCUCAAUAAGAACCCAGUGGAAGGCUUCUCUGCGGGGCUAGUGGACGACGAUGACAUCUAUCAGUGGGAAGUGGUCGUUAUUGGACCUCAGGACACUUUAUUUGAAGGAGGUUUUUUUAAAGCCACCCUAACCUUUCCCCGUGACUACCCCCUGAGGCCUCCCAAAAUGAAGUUCAUCACAGAAAUCUGGCAUCCAAAUGUGGCGAAAAAUGGCGAUGUUUGCAUUUCCAUCCUGCAUGAACCUGGUGAGGACAAGUACGGCUACGAGAAGCCUGAGGAGCGCUGGCUACCGAUCCACACAGUGGAGACCAUCAUGAUCAGUGUUAUCUCCAUGCUAGCAGACCCCAAUGGAGAUUCUCCUGCCAAUGUGGAUGCUGCGAAAGAGUGGAGGGAAGAUCCUGCAGGAGUCUUUAAGAAAAAGGUGGCACGCUGUGUACGGAGAAGUCAAGAAAUGGCUUUUGACUAAGGCCUCACUUCUGUCAUCGCCACAGUUGGAGCUACACAGUGGACUGGGCAACUGGUUCCACUUUAGCCAGCUGGAGGACAGUUGGCAGAACUAGUCACUGAUGAAGAAACACAGGAAAAUGUUUAAAAAUGAAAUAUUUUCAUACCAUUGGCUGCGUUUCUGUGCAGCUAAUUAUUCCUCUAUUAGUUUUUUUCUCUUGCAGUUUGACAGAUGUUGUUUAUAUUUAUGAAUAUUGCAGAAUGGCACUGGCAUUCAUGCUGCCAAGACUACAAUUUUCCAUCAUACCAUUACUCAAAACACUGGGCAAUCAGCAUUUCAAUUAUACAGCCUAUUACUUUUCUUGUGUCAUGUACAUACCCAUCAGACUCUUGGAGAAAAUAUCUCCUCUGACAAACGCAACAUUUUCUAAAGUUAGUUUACUCCUAUUUACCUAUUUAUUUAGAGUGAAGCUAUUUUAUGAUGCACAUUGUUUGGGUUUUCUUCUUAUUCUCAGCCUGCCACACUGAGCCAUUCAGAUACUCGUAUCACUAAUUAUGCAAUUUUUGUCAUUAAAGUGAUGGAAAUCCAGACUACAUUUCCUUCCCCUGUACAUCCUAAGUGCUCUUCUUCCCUAAAGUGGGAAACUAAUAAGUCAGCACUGCCUUAACUCUGAGUGCCAGGAAAGGAAAUCUGUCUUCAGUAAGGACUGCAUCUGAAAGCUUGUUGUAAAUCCGGAAAAAACGGAGGACGAACCAAAUCAAACACACCAAAAAAUGUGUUUUCACUGAACACGCUACAGGUUUUACCGAUGUAAAUGUGAACUGUAUGUCCUUGUUAUUGCACAUGUAGCAAAAAGCAUUCUGCUGGUUCUAUAACAGAGGUAAUGUGUUCAGCAAUACUUUGAAUAUCACUCACAUAAGAUUCUGUGUUGUAGCAUUUUUUUUAAAGGUAUGCAGUUGUAUUGACUUUGGGUAAUGAAUGUUAGAUCAAGAAAUAAGUAAUAAAGCUCAGUGUGGACAUUG